AUGAUGGAAUCUGAGUAUACGGAGAAUGUCACGGAGGAGAAGCCGCUGUUGUCCGAACAUGCCGUGGGUAUCACGAUCUACAAAGAAGAAGAGAAGCAGGAGAAGAUGAUUGUGCUCAAGGUCAAGACUCUCAGUGAGAAGCCGCUGCGUGUUGAAAUCGCGUUGUCAGCUACUGUCGCGGACCUCAAGGAGCUUGUGAAGGAAAAGGCGCACGCAGAAGAUAAAUUUCUGCGUCUGAUUCAUCAGGGAAAAAUGUUGUCGGACGAUGCGGUGACGCUGGCGAGCUGCAAGGUCAAGAACGAAGACUUUGUUCAUUGUGCCAUGAGCUCGACCCCGUCGAAAGCUGCGGUCCAGCAGAUGAAUGCUAGUGAUAGUGAUGCUGAAGAUCGAGAGGAUUCGUCCACAAGAAGAGGCUUUGAUCGACUCCGUGACCGUCUCAGUCGAGAAGAGAUCCAGGCGCUGCGUCUAUAUUUCUACCCACAGCUUUCGGUUUACAUCAGUCAGGCGGAACGUGUCGAUGGUGAGGGCAGUGAGGACCGGAUCUUUCGACUGGAAGACGAGUGGAUGGCGUCCCAGGGUCCACAGUCUGAGUUUGCACUAAACGUUGUGCCUACAGCUCGUGCUGCAAUGGACGCACAGAUCGAUAUGAACGGAAUGAAUACCUCUAUUCUAGCAGCAGAUAAUGAAGGCACUGGAACGGAGUUUCUGUGGGGGUUCUUGAUGGGUCUCCUGCUCGGCGUAUUUAUGCUCCUCAUGCUCCUCGAUCGCUCUGUUCCUCGCAAGCAAAAAGUUGGCCUGCUCCUCGGCGUGAGCAUGAAUUUCUUUUCUGAGUGUCGUGCCGCGUGCUGUCUCCGACCAAUAGACCGGUCGGCUGCCAUCAGCUACCAGAGGAGGACGCAUCAGUGCUGGCCAUGGCUCGUUCGUUUACCUCCCUUGCCCCCAAGCACUUGUUCCCACUUUCGCUCUUCACGUCGUGACUUGCACCUUUUUUAUUUUAAUCGCUCUGUGUCAAAAAAUGAACAGUGUGUGUUGUACACUAGAUUCCAGCUCAGCUUUUCCUCCAAUCAGACCCGACCAAAUAGUAACCGUGGCCUGUGA